UGCAARACGGAAGGAGGAAAGACGCUCCACGUCACUGAGGUGUAAUAACAGCGGCAGUCCCUCACAAGGUGCCACCUUAACACAAUUUAACUACGACUCUAUGAGCUUAGACAUCCUCAUGUCAAUAAUAAGACAUAUGAGCACAGGACGAACAUAUUUCCAGUCGCGUCUUCACUGAAAGGCCUCGGUUGAGACUCGGGGGGAAACGCUGAAGAGCGCCUCCCUGCUUCGGCUUCUAAAUGAGCGAAUCGGGCUCACGCCGUUCCACGCUUGUUUCCCGCCUGCCAAUCUUCCGCCGCAGUGGCAGCAAGAGGCAGGAGUCUCUCCCCUCCUCGCCGUCUUCAGGGGGCGUGGGAAAUGGCGUCCACACCUCGUCGCCUUCCAGCACCAACUCCAGCUCCGGCAGCACGGGCAAACGCCGAAGCCUCUUCCGCGCGCCGUCUCUUGGGUUCACGGCUAAGCGGAACAGCGACCCACGUGUCCAGCCCAUCAACCUGAACCUUGCGCCCGCCCUGACGCAGACUCCCGACGCCAACGGAAACGACCAGCAGACAAUAACAACGUCGGCGUCAGCAGGGUUCAGCGAGGGCGGCAGGCGGUCCAAGUCGCGCCACUCGUUCGGCUUUGGCAGCCACAAGCAGAAGAAGAUCCCGCGUUCUCAGACGGAAGACUUUGACAAGGCCUCCUCGUCUUCCUCCACCACCAACCGGAAUGUGUUCAUCAACUGCAUUAGCAACUCAGGAGCCAAUGAAGGGGACGACUCCGGGUUCCUCGACGACUACAGCGCGGGCAGUAAUAACAACAGARGCUCGUCACGCCAGAAGAAACAACUGCUGCCCAAGUCCUUUUCUGCUCACCACCGCUUCUCUCGCACAUCUGAUCACCACAGACCCCCAGAGGUCAAUCUGGAACCUUCAAGCUCCACCACCGUCACUCCAGGGGCAGGGGGGCUCACCCCGGGCUCAUGGCCUGGUGAACUGAUGGGAGCUGGUGCUGAGAGUUCCCUUCAGUCCCCGAUAAUAUCAGAAGAUCGAACUACAGCCAUCACUCCUUCAGAGUUCAUUCCCAUCACAGAGGAUUCAGUAUCUGAGGUGGAUGCACUCCCAGCUCCCAGUCCUGGUGCGACUUCAGAUCCUGUCGAUGUUCCUGGACUGGUCACUGAUCCUGCUCCACCUGACCCCGCACCGGCACCAGAGAGCUUCAGUGUGGCAGUCUCUGCUUCCCAGGUUUUUUUCACUCCAGCCCAAUCAAGCACAGAGAAACCUUUACUCCCUGACACCAGCACAGCCAACAACACAGACUAUGAAACAGCUGUUUCCCUCUCGGAGCCAGAGACAGCUGUACCCUGCCUGCCUCUGCAGGAACAAUCACUGGAAGAACGGAAGGAGAGGGAGGAAGAGAGGCAGGAAGCYAGGAAGGAAGAAUCAGCAGAGAAGAGGAUGGAGUCGGUGCUGGAGAGGAAGACGGGUUACCACACAGAAACCACAAGCGAGAGCGAAGCGGGAGGGGUUCGCAGCGAGGGCUGCCACUCAAACCCCGAGAAAUCCGAACGGAGGGCAAGACACACGCUCUCUUUUCAAGAAAGAGGAAGCUUCUGCGGCUGCCAUGAACCCAGGUCCUCUCACUUGAGAAAACCACACGCAGCUUCUCUGUGUAACAGUGCCAGCCCCUACCAUGAAGUGAUGCGGAUGGAAAGACGUCUGCGCUCCUCAUCUGAGGGUGCCGGUGGGCCUCGUGUCUAUGGAAACCACAGGGAUGCUCUGGGCAUGGAUGGAUGUGGUCUGCUUAAACACAGAAACAACUCUUCAUCAUCGAAACUAGGAAGUCUGGAUGUUUUGAACAACCUGGGUUCAUCAGAACUGGAUGAAGAUGAUCUCAUGUUAGAUCUGGACCUCUCUGACGAUCAGAGACUUCGACACGUGUCAAGAGAAGAUUCAAGCCAAUCUUUGACCUCCUGUUUCAACCUGCUCCCCUCUCCCUUGGACCCACCUGGAGAUCGCAUCCUAGGAAAAGAAACCAGCCAGAGGGAGCCCAGCCGUCCAACCAGCCUGCUGCCUGCUGACUGGAGCACAGGGUUGGGUUCAGGAAAGGAAGAUGACCUCUUACCUCCAGGGCUGGAAACCCUUCCACUCAGACUGAUGCUGCAGGACUGCACAGCUGUCAAAACGCUGCUAUUAAGACUGAGACGAACGUUGCAGGAGAGCACAGAGCCAAGUCCUGCCAGCAGCCUCCAGUCUCUACCCAUCAGCCCCUGCAGUGAAAAGUCCCUUCCAUUAAAGGAUCUCAAUAAAGAGGAAGCAUUGCUGCAACAACUGAGAGAGAAGGAUGAGCUGAUUCUCAAACUCCAGAGUGAACUGGAGAGUGCCAAAGCUGCCCUGAAGAUGAAAGACUGCCAAAUGACGGAUCGCACAACACAGACAGAACACACGGGGUCAGAGAUCAUCCAUCCAGGCCGGUGGUCAGGACCAGGCAGCAGCAACCUGGCUCUAAGGGACCGAAGGGUGGUGCGGGGUUUGGGAGCAGCACACGGAGGGGACCUCUCUAACCAACACCACCCGUACCACUGCCUGCCCCUGUACGGUCGGGCUUCAGAGCGCCACACUGCCAGAGAGGAGCGCCACCACCAGGGGGUCUCGGGUCAGCCCGCAGCCCGCGUCGUUCCUUUAAACCUGGCGUCAUCGUCCUCUCAGCCGGCACCCACCCCACCUGCCCAGCUUCAAGUUUCACACCUGAACCUCGGUUCGAACCAACGCCUAGAUUCCUGCUCGGAUUCAGCCGCUGACACCCCUCCUCCACCUCUGAGCUCCAAGCAGCCUGAGGGGGUGUCUUCCUCCUCCGAGUCUCUAACUCCAGGAGGAGCAAAAAGGGGAGGAAGUGAUCCGCACCCACCAAGUCUGAUCCCACGGGCAGUCGGGGCCAGCGCCUCUUCGAGCCUGCACAGCCUCGCCAGCAGGGGGAGCCCUUCUGGGCACAACUCUUCAUCAGAGCAAACCUCACCCACACCUCCUACUACUUCCUCAGCCUCCUCCUCGACCUCCUCCACCUUCACCGGCCGCUUAGGGCAGCCACCUCGAGGCCCUUUGUCCCUGCAUAGCUACAGCCGUAAAAACGUCUUCCUCCAGCAUUCGCUACACACUGCCGAACUGCAGGCUCUCACGCAGAGAGACACUUAAAACACACAAUCAUUAUCAUUCCAAUCACGAGCAGCCAUAUCAUCAAGUGAAGUGAGGACAAGUGAGAAUUUAAAGAAGAAAAAAAAACAAACUGCUGCUUUUUCUGUUAAAGUCUCCCCCUUCAUGCGCUUACAAUCACUCUUUGCAACCCAGACCAUCCCUUUAUUCACACGUUGCUCAAACAUUUGCUGGCUUUUCCUCGCACUCAAAUGCAAGUUCACACACACAGGCACACACUCGAACAUGCAUAUCAGGCUGUGAGAUUGAAAAAAGGCACUCACCCGUCUAUCAUAGCUCCCACGUUGUGUCAUGCUGACAGUUCAGAUGAGCUUACGCCCACAGACACACAAACUGCACACACACACACACACACACACACACAUAGACAUUUCACCAUACACACAAAUGCAGUCACCCACAUUGAAAUGCACACUUUGACACAAAGACAUUGUCUGUGAUAUCUCUGCUUCACCAUCUGCACUAUUAACACGGUGAUACAACUGAAUGAAAAGAUGAGGUGUCUGCUUUGUUAAAGAUUAAUUUAUUUUUUAUUUCUUCACUUGAACACCAACCUCCAUUCCAUGUUUUAGGAAUUAUAGGAAUGAUUGUAAUUUCUGCUUGAGGUAGUACAUUCUCGACUCGCCAAACCCUGCAUUAGGUCAUACCUCGCUCCACAGAGGUCCAGAAUAAGAGCUGUUUCACUGAGGAUCCCCAGCUGCAAUCCUUCUCCUGCAUGCUUUUUAGGAUUUAUAGGGGAGAACAAAAAGAAUACUGUCAGGCUUUUUGUGCUCUUUCUACCAUAAAGUUACAGUAUCAGUUCUCA